AUGUCUUCGGAUGAUCAGAACAGCAACCCCAACAACAACACGCCCAACACCAACAACGACGCCAACGGCCCAAACGACAUGUCUCGCAACCGUCGUGCCUCUGUUUCCUCAACUGCCUUCACCAGCCUUUUUCAACGCAGCAACUCCAUAUCUGCCGGGACGCCUGCACUGCCUGGGCCCAUCGCCACAGCCAUGAAUGACCCGCGUCGAAGGCUGUCGGUCUCCACAAUCGGUCUUUCCGGCACUUCCCCUACAACCAUGGCAACACCGUUUGGGCUUCGUCGCGGGAGCUUGUCCACCAAUGGCUCCGAGUCUAUUGACGAGAGUGCCAUUGAUGAAGACGAGGUUGGCGCCCCUAACUCUCGGACGGCCCCUGCUACUCCCUUUACACGACGGAUGAGUUUUGGUACGCAGGCGAUGCGUAGCAUGCGAACUGGCAGGGGCACCAGCCCCGGCACCAAUGGUAUGGUCACCACAACCCCUCCAGCCAGUGUUGAUCACCCUCGCCGAAGCAGUGUUGGCGGCUUAUUGUCGUCGACUGCUGCUUCAGGCGACAAUGUACCUGAUCAACCUGUCCCCAAGUCCCACAACCCCACACAACAGGGCCAAACCACAUUUCCCAAAACCGCUAUUGACGCUUUAUCUGCUUCUGCUCGCCCUAUAGACCAAGGCUUCAACUGGUCUGAGCAGUUUAGGUCCCGCGCUGAAAGCACAGUUGCCGGCUCGCGGCCGCAGUUCUCGUUCGGUUCUAGCGUGGGAACCUCCCCGCCACGCCCUGGCGGUGUAGGUGCCCAGCAUGACCGUGCCAAGUCCAUCUCCGAGAUGCCGGCGCCUCCCGCGCAGACGCCACAGGCUAGAUCGGAACCUCGGAAGCCAGAUGCGUUCCAGGAGCGCAUUCUCAAAGGGGAUUUCUACAUGGACUGA